AGUUGAGGAUGGCCGGAGCUGACGGUGCCUCCGGGCAGCAGGCGGAGCUGGAGCCCGUGGUGUCGCUGGUCGACGUGCUCGAGGAGGACGAGGAGUUGGAGAACGAGGCGUGCGCCGUCCUGGGCGGCAGCGACUCGGAGAAGUGUUCCUACUCGCAGGGCUCGGUGAAGCGACAAGCUCUGUAUGCUUGUAGUACCUGCACCCCAGAGGGAGAAGAACCAGCAGGAAUUUGCCUCGCCUGCAGUUACGAGUGUCAUGGGAGUCAUAAGCUCUUUGAAUUGUACACAAAAAGAAAUUUUCGUUGUGAUUGUGGAAACAGCAAAUUUAAAAAUUUGGAAUGCAAAUUAUUUCCUGAUAAAGCAAAUGUAAAUUCUGGCAAUAAGUACAAUGACAACUUUUUUGGAUUAUACUGCACUUGCAAGAGACCUUAUCCUGACCCUGAAGAUGAGAUUCCGGACGAGAUGAUCCAGUGUGUGGUCUGUGAAGACUGGUUCCACGGGAGGCACCUCGGAGCCAUCCCUCCUGAGAGCGGAGAUUUCCAGGAAAUGGUGUGCCAGGCAUGCAUGGAGCGCUGUUCCUUCUUGUGGGCUUACGCUGCGCGCUUGGCAGUAACCAAAAUGUCUGCUGAGGAUGAUGGCUUGGUGCUGAGUGUUGAUGGACCAGGUGAUCAGGAAGUUAGUAAACCUGGCAAUGGGGAGCAUCAGGCGAGUGUCCUCAAAGGGGGUGCUGCUGAGCACAGAGAAGAGGCCGCCGCUGGAGGGAACGCCGAGCAGAGUGAAGAGCCCUGUGCCACUUCUAGUUCUGAAUCCCAUCCUCAGAAAGUGCUUACGAAUCAAAGCCUCAACACAGAACUACAGUCUGGCUGCAGACUCGAGGCUCUGAGAGCUAAGCCGUUUAUGAAGAAGGACACUGCCACCUAUUGGCCCCCAAACUGGCGCAGCCAGCUGUGCACCUGCCCGGAGUGCAUGAAAAUGUAUGGAGAGCUGGAUGUGCUGUUCCUGACAGACGAAUGUGACACAGUGCUGGCCUAUGAAAACAAGGGCAAGGUGGACCAGGCGGCUGACCGGCGUGACCCUCUGAUGGAUACCCUGAACAGCAUGAACAGAGUGCAGCAAGUGGAGCUUAUUUGUGAAUACAAUGACUUGAAGACAGAGCUUAAGGACUAUCUCAAGAGAUUUGCUGAUGAAGGCACGGUUGUUAAGAGAGAGGACAUCCAGCAGUUCUUUGAGGAAUUUCAGUCCAAGAAGAGAAGGAGAGUGGAUGGGAUGCAGUAUUACUGCAGCUAGAUGCCGCCGACGCCGUCCCGCUCAGGCCAGCCGACCGCCCUUUGUGCUCCCCGAAUAAAGGAAGCGUCCAUCA